UUACUGCAGGAAAAGGUCCCGCAGAGCUGAGCAGUCAAGAUGUGUGACUUCACCGAAGACCAGACUGCAGAGUUCAAGGAGGCCUUCCAGCUGUUUGACCGAACAGGUGAUGGCAAGAUCCUGUACAGCCAGUGUGGGGACGUGAUGAGGGCCCUGGGCCAGAACCCUACCAACGCCGAGGUGCUCAAGGUCCUGGGGAACCCCAAGAGUGAUAAGAUGAAUGUGAAGGUGCUGGACUUUGAGCACUUUCUGCCCAUGCUGCAGACGGUGGCCAAGAACAAGGACCAGGGCACCUAUGAGGAUUAUGUCGAAGGACUUUGGGUGUUUGACAAGGAAGGAAAUGGCACCAUCAUGGGUGCUGAAAUCCGGCAUGUUCUUGUCACACUGGGUGAGAAGAUGACAGAGGAAGAAGUAGAGAUGCUGGUGGCAGGGCACGAGGACAGCAAUGGUUGUAUCAACUAUGAAGAGCUCGUCCGCAUGGUGCUGAAUGGCUGAGGACCCUCCCAGUCUCCUGACUCCGUGCCUUUCCCUGUGUGAAUUUUGUAUCUAUCCUGAAGUUUCCCUAGGCUUUCUUUUCUCAGCACUUUUCCCAUCUUGUCUCUCUUGGAUGAUGUUUGCCGUCAGCAUUCACCAAAUAAACUUGCUCUCUGGGCCCUCAAAAAAAAAAAAA